GGCGGCGCGCGCGGCGGGGCCCAGGCGUCCGGGCGGCUGGCGGCCAUGGCGGACACCGAGAAGCUCAACCUGGAUUCCAUCAUCGGCCGCCUCCUGGAGGUGCAAGGGUCACGGCCAGGGAAGAACGUGCAGCUGACGGAGAACGAGAUCCGGGGGCUGUGCCUCAAAUCACGGGAGAUCUUCCUCAGUCAGCCCAUCCUGCUGGAGCUGGAGGCGCCCCUCAAGAUCUGUGGGGAUAUCCAUGGGCAGUACUACGACCUGCUGCGGCUUUUUGAGUACGGAGGCUUUCCUCCUGAGAGCAACUACCUGUUCCUGGGGGACUACGUGGACCGGGGCAAGCAGUCAUUGGAGACCAUCUGCCUCCUGCUUGCCUACAAGAUCAAGUACCCUGAGAACUUCUUCCUGUUGCGUGGCAACCACGAGUGUGCCAGCAUCAACCGCAUCUAUGGCUUCUACGAUGAGUGCAAGCGACGGUACAACAUCAAGCUCUGGAAGACCUUCACUGACUGCUUCAAUUGCUUGCCCAUUGCCGCCAUCGUGGACGAGAAGAUCUUCUGUUGCCAUGGAGGGCUGUCCCCAGACCUGCAGUCCAUGGAGCAGAUCCGGCGGAUCAUGCGCCCCACAGACGUGCCAGACCAGGGCCUGCUCUGCGACCUGCUCUGGUCUGACCCUGACAAGGACGUGCAGGGCUGGGGUGAGAACGACCGUGGCGUCUCCUUCACCUUUGGGGCAGAGGUAGUGGCGAAGUUCUUGCACAAGCACGACCUGGACCUCAUCUGCAGGGCGCACCAGGUAGUGGAGGACGGUUAUGAGUUUUUUGCCAAGCGCCAGCUUGUGACACUCUUCUCGGCGCCCAACUACUGUGGGGAGUUUGACAACGCGGGCGCCAUGAUGAGCGUGGAUGAGACCCUCAUGUGCUCCUUCCAGAUCUUGAAGCCGGCUGACAAGAACAAGGGCAAAUACGGGCAGUUCAGCGGGCUCAACCCCGCAGGACGCCCCGUCACCCCUCCCCGCAACUCCGCCAAAGCCAAGAAGUGAGCUGUGAGCCACCAGCCCGCUGCCCACCUGCUGGGGGCACGGGGCCCAGCCUGGUGCCCGCGGGCCCCAGCCCUCCCCAGCAUCAGGUUGCUUUUCUUUCA